AUGGAGCUGACCAACCACACGAUGGUGACUCAUUUCAUCCUCCGAGGGAUCCCCAACACCGAUGGCCUCCAGACCAUCCUCUUCUUCACCUUCUUAGCCUUCUACCUCUGCACCCUGCUGGGCAACCUGCUCAUCUUCUCCGCCGUCCUUGGUGACUCCCGCCUGCACACCCCCAUGUACUUCUUCCUCUGCAACCUGGCUGUGCUGGACUCUGGCAUCUCUUCCGCCAGCAUCCCCAAAUUGCUGGCCAUCCUCUGGGCUAACAGUAAAACCAUCUCGCUGGGCGGGUGCAUGGCUCAGCUCUUCUUCUACCACUUCUUAGCCAGCACCGAGUGCCUGCUUUGUACGGUCAUGGCCUAUGACCGGUACGUGGCCAUCUGCCACCCGCUGCGCUACCUGCUCAUCAUGAACCGCAGGGUGUGCACCCUCCUGGCUGCUGGCACCUGGAUUGCCAGCUCCUUCCAUGCCACCAUCCUCACCAGCCUGACCUUCACGCUGCCUUACUGUGGGUCCAACGUCAUAGACUAUUUCUUCUGUGACAUCUUCCCUGUGGCCAAGCUGGCCUGUGCAGACACGUACAUCUUGGAGACAGUGAGCUUCACCAAUAGUGGCAUGGUGCCCAUGACUUUAUUCGUUCUCAUCCUCGCCUCCUACAUCAGAAUCGCCUACUCCAUCCUGAAGAUGAACGCGGGUGAAGGGCGGCGCAAAGCAGCCUCCACUUGCGCCUCCCAUCUGGUGGUGGUGACCAUGUUCUUUGGGCCUUGCGCCCUGAUCUACACUCAGCCAGGGAUGAGUGAAGUGCUGGUGACCCCUGUGGACAUCUUUGGCAACCUGGUGACACCCAUGCUGAACCCAGCUGUCUACACUCUGCGCAACAAGGAGGUGAAGGCGGCUCUGCGGAAACUAGGAGGAGGCCAGAGAACUGCAGGCUGA